AUGCAAUCACCAUACAUCACACUUCACGUUUACCCCUUAUAUUAAAAUUUAAUAGGAGAAUUACAGUACAUAGGGUAUUAUCCAUCAAUUCAUUAUAAAAAUUUCAUGUUAAAUCUUAAAGCCAUAGAUUAGAUUAUAGAAAUUAUCCUUACAGAUAAAUUUGCUCAUAAAUUAUUUUAAAAUCUCAAUAAAGUGUAAAGAACCACUUUGUGA